AGGAGAAUGCUGGCACGGUGCCUUCACCAGACCAGAUGUCCUGUAUGCCUUGCCCUGCGGGUUCGGAACCCGACAGCGAAGGAGCCAAGUGUCAGGCUUGCCCACCCGGACGCUAUGCCCCCGAAGCAGCCACACCUCAGUGCCAGGCAUGUCCGCAAGGUGAGUACAACCCUCUACGAAACCAGUCACGUUGCGCAGUGUGCCCUUUUGGGGCCCAUUGCUACGGUGGUUUCAAUGGUACGGGAGCGACGUCCUUUUACGCCGACGAGGGUUUUUACUUGCUGGGAAGCGAUGAGGAUGUGACUCGAGAAUUUGAAGCCAAGAUGUCGACUUGCGCGGACUGCUGGCGCAGCGAUGCGCCCUUCGAUGCCCUUGGACCCUUCGAAUGUUCUGUGCGCUCGGCGUGUCUGGGGAACAACAGCUGCCUGGUGGUGGAAGGCGAACUGGCCAUGGAUGGACCGCUCUGUGGAAGUUGCACCAAAGGCUUUCAACGCAGCAGCCCUGAUGAGCCUUGCAGCCGUUGCCCACCAGAUUGGCUUACUGUCACAGUCAUUGUGGUGGUAACUGUUGGUGGAAUGCUUGGUCUAUGCAUCCUCUCCUGGUCACAGGAAGCCGCCAUGGGAAAUUUGCGUGGAGUGUACUCCAUUGUGUUCAAGAUCUUGUGCAACUUCUUUGUUCAAUUGAAGGCAGUUGGUCAGGUUACGGACUUGAACAGCCUCAUCAAGGAUCUUGGGACGGACAGCUUCAGCCGUACCAUUCUCACCUCCCCGAUCGCAAUGUCUUUGGGUAUUGGAGAUGUGCUGGAGAAUCCUUCCACCUCCAUUUUCUCUCUGGAGUGCUUGAUGAUGACAGGUGGCAACAGCGUUUCCGAGAGCCACUACCUGAAAGUUUUGGGUGCCUUGUUUUUCUUACCUGCCAUGCUCCUUCUGAUGUUGGUCUCGGUGGCCGUGUGCACCUGGAUCUGGUCGUCCUGUUGCCAUCGUCGCCAGCGCUGGGGCGAAACGUCCCUGUCCUUUCGUAUCUUAUUGACCUUCUCCUCCCUGGCGGUGUUGGCCUUGUACUUUUUGCAGCCAAUGGUCACCUCUCAGCUCCUUGCAGCCUACAACUGCCGAGACAUGGAUGACGGAGGGCAUCGACUGGACACGGCACGCUGGGCUCUUGACAUGAGUGUUGACUGUAACAGUCCUGUUCACCAGAAAUGGCAACUUGUGACUUCCAUUGGCUUGCUGAUUUGGUCCUUCGGAAUUCCCUUGAUUUUGUACAUCAUUCCGUGGGCGAUUCUGAAGUGGACAUCGUACACGCUGCAAAGCAAGGAGAUGUGGACGGUUUUUGGCUUCCUUUACGACGGAUUUGAGCCAGACUUCUGGUACUACGAGUCCUUCAUGAUGCUGAGAAAAACAUAUAUUUUGAUUGCAGCUAACAUCAUGUGGUUAAGUCCUGAAACUCGAACUGUGGUUCUUCUUACCUUGGUGAUCUAUUUCCGCUACAUGCACCUGAGAGAUUUGCCCUAUGAUAACCGUGCCUACAUGGGAGUGGAUCGCUUGCAGUUUCAGUCUUUAGCUACCUUCACCUGGCUCCUGCUGGGCCGGCUCUUCCGCACCAUGCUCGAGCUAACGGACAACGCGCUGGCGAAGGAUUGGUCGCCUGCUUUCUACCUCCCAGCCAUGCUCAACUUCUUCUUCCUAGUAGGAAGAGCUAUUUAUUUGAUCCUGCGGGAGGUCAUUUGGCCUCUGCAAUCGCCCCCAACAUUGAUGCCAAAGUGUGUGCGAGAUCGCUUGGACCACAGAGUGACUUUCUCGUUCAUUCCGCCAGCAGUGUUUGAUGUGGAUGCCAAGCAACAGCAUUUCCACCGCGUUGAGCAUGGAAGCCUUUCGGCCGACAACAUGGCAGACCUGGCAGAAGAUUGGAAUUUGACCAGCACGCCUGCCUUGCCAAACCAGGAGCGAGAGAUCUUGAAGACCAUCCUGACCGAAACGGCGGAAGUCCUCCUGCGAAGGCAUGAAAUCGUGCAUGGAGAGGCUGCUCAGGUGAUCUAUUUGCCAACCUUCCUGUUACAGAUGGAGCGUGUCCUUGUGGCUGCGAUGUGCUAUGCGGUGAAGUCUCGAAUCAUCAACGAAGAAUUGGUGUUGAACCGAGACACUUGGGGCAAAUGGUUGUAUGGAAUCUGGGAAGAUACGAGAGACUACCUGAAACUGGUCGUCAUUGGACAGGAAGGGACUGAUGCCAACAACAUUAUGCGGCAAAGAAGUAGCAGGUCGUGGGAGGACCAAGAAUGUGACCAUUUGAGAGAGGCACAGCACCUGGUAAGACGCCCAGUGAGCACGGAGGAGAUCCAGAUUGCUCUCUACAGCCUUUGGCCAGACUUGACCGACCCGAAGAUGAACCAAAAAGACUCCGAAACCAACCACUUGAAGGAGCUUGUGCAAGCGCACCGUGGCAUCGUAGAUAUGCAUGGAGAUGUAACACACAUCUUCGACUCAGAUGGUCAUGCUACUUCCAUCUUGAGGCGUAGGAAUCGAACCGUCAGAUGCGACGAAUCGUCAAUGUCUUCGAUGUACAGCCACCGCAGCCACAGUCCAAGGACAACCGAAAGCAAAACUCUCGAGUUUGGUCUACCAACUGUUGUCCAGGAGGAGGAAGAGUCGAGACGGAGUGAGUGUGAGCACAGCGACGUGGUGCUCGAAAUUGAUGGCACUGACAACAAGGUUCAGCAGGUCAGACCUUCGGCUCCAGCGGUUUUCAAGUUGGCGCUGUGAUGGGCCCUGAUCAGUCGAACUCGGUAGAUCGCAGCGCUUGUGUCACCAAAGGCAUAUGGCCUGUGUAGCUCACUUUGCAGAGUCCUUUCAAAAAGGUCACUCAGUCAGUGCAAAGACUAUCAAAGACUUCUUUAGGCACAAGGUGCGCGUUUGCUCCGCGUGUUUUUGCUGCUCUUCGUUGGGUGAUUUCGCUGAGACCUCUUGC